GAUGAGCGCCAGGCGCGAUCUCCGGAGGGGAUCCCAUCCCGGGCACUGGCCGGACUGGGCAUGGAGGGGUCUCUGCCCCUGGGCGCUGCUCUUCCUGGGCCUCUGCUGCUGGCGGACGCGUGGGAUGGCCACUCCGGAUCAGGUGAACCCCCUCAUCACCAUGGAGCAGUUGCUGUGGAGGAGCGGCAGCGUGAUCGGGGAGGUGAACACGUUCCGGAUCCCCCUCAUCGCAGCGACGCCGUGGGGCACCCUCUUGGCCUUCUCGGAAGCCCGGAAGCACUCCUCCUGGGACGUCGGCGCUAAAUUCAUAGCCCUCCGCAGGUCGCAGGACAAAGGUGCUACCUGGAGUCCAACUUCAUUCAUAGUUGACGAUGGUGCCCUGGCAGACGGCCUCAACCUCGGGGCUGUGGUGGUGGACUCAGAAAAGGGCCUCGUGUUCCUCGUCUAUACUCUCUGCGCCCACUACAACAAAUGCUCCACCGCUAGCGUCAUGAUCAUUCGCAGCUACAACGACGGGGUCACGUGGAGCGUCCCCCGGAACCUCUCAGAGGAGGUUGGCACUGCCAUGUUUGCCCCCGGACCCGGUUAUGGCAUUCAGAAACACUAUGAACCGAACAAGGGGCGUUUGAUCGUUUGUGGCCAUGGAACCAUAUGGCGGGACGGGGUCUCCUGCCUCCUCAGCGACGACCACGGUCUGACUUGGCGAUAUGGGCAGCAACCGUUGCACGGGAUCCCUUUCGGCAUGGAGAAGCUUCCCAACGACUUCAAUCCCGACGAGUGCCAGCCCUACGAGCUGCCAGACGGCUCUGUGGUGAUCAACACCAGGAACCAGAACUUCUACCACUGCCAUUGCCGCAUCCUGAUCUACAGCUACGACGGCUGCGAAACCCUCUCCCUGGAUAACGUGGCCUUCGAUACGACCUUGGUGGACCCGGCUGUGGCCGCAGGGGCCCUCUUCAAAUCUGGCCUCGUCUUCUUCAGCAACCCAGCUCACGAGAAUCAACGGGUCAACCUGACGCUCCGCUGGAGUUUCACCAACGGCUCUUCGUGGUGGAAAGUGCCCCUGCAGAUCUGGGCCGGCGCCAGCGGCUACUCCUCCAUGACCGCGCUGGAUGGAGGAGCCCCCGAGGACGCCCACAGCCUCUUCAUCAUUUACGAGAAGGGGCGCGUCACCUCCACGGAGAGCAUCUCAGUGGCCAAGAUUAGCAUCAACGGGGAGCUCUGACCGUGCGCGGGCCCUCGACCCGCUCCCCCCAAUCUCUAGUGCCUCGAUUGCUGUUGACCCUUUUGGCUGCUGGACUAGGAUAGAAGGGAAUUCGCUCUGGGGCUUGGGAGAGAUCAGCAACGCCAGUAAUUGACAUUCAAAACUUUGCCAUUGGAAGGCAUUGAUGGAAAGCUUGGCACCACCGGCACCACCACCAGCACUACUAUUCCCAUAAGCCUUUGCUUUGCCAUUUCCAGCACAAUGGUUUUGGGGCUGCCGUUCUACCUCAAAAACACUCCUGAUUUUAGAUGCUGCUCUGAAAUUCCCAAGUGGGUGGAGAUUUAUGGACGUGGGCAGGGAGGUGGGAGAGAGAACGAGAAAGAGGAGGAGGAGGAGGAAGGAAGACGCGAGCUCAUAAGAAAGGUUGACGAGGAGCAAGUGGUUAUCCAUUUGGAUCAUAUAUUUUUUAUCAGUGGAAUCAAAUAAAAAGCAGAAAACUGGAAAGAUUUGUAAUAAAUAA